AUGAAAUGCUUCGAACACAAUGCUCCUUAUACUCUGAUCUGCUAAGUCAAAGAUUGCAACUAGAAAUUAUUGUGUAAUUAGUGUAUGAUCAAGCAUAAUGCUCAGCAUUACCCGUUGAUUCAAAGUCUGUCUGAUAUGGAUUAUCAAAUAAAAUAAGUACCAUAGUUGCUCGAAAAGGACCUAGAUACUCUCAAAGCCAAAUUAUACUCCAUUCAAAAUCAUAUGACAAUCGAGAAGGACUAACUCAAGAAGCAAUUGAUCAAACUAUCUGAUAUUCUGAAAUCUCGAAUAAAUGCUGAAGUGGAUGACUUCUGUUCUUCUGCUUUGGAUUAUACAAAUUCCUAUUAUAAAUAGUAUGAAACUGAUAUAGGCAGUUUGCUCGGAGUAAUAUCUGAACACUUAAAUAUGGUAGCCCCUUACACAACGAGAGUGCGACCAAUAAAUGAAAAUCAAUUUGGAAUAAUGAUGGAUUUUCAAGAAAAGAUGCUUGGCAACAUUUUACCCACUCUAACCAAAAAGGCUGAAAUAAUUUCGAAACAAGUUCUGGAAAAUCAGUUAUAUAUGCGGACUGAUCAUUUUUAUGCAAUCGUAAAAACAGCUCUUGGAAAAGCACUGUAGUCUUAUAAUUUAUUCAAGAACAAUGAAUUCCAAAUAGAAUAAAAGCGAGCCAUGAAUGUACAACUAGACUAGGAGCCAGAGUUAGUCAAAUCAGCUAUUUACCCAAUGAGCGAAUUCAAAAGAAAUGCAAUGGAGUUAUUGAGAGAUCAUUAACAACCAGAAAGAAAGUCUGUAAGAGUUUAUAAAGCAGAGGAAGGAUUCAAUCUGCCAAAAAACCGAAGUUCAGCAGAAAACAGCGGAACCAGAUACAUUUAUGCAAAAGCCAUCAAUACAGUAUUAAGUGGACACACAGAUAUCGUGACUUGCAUUUGUAUCUUCUCUUAAUCUUCUUUAAUCUCUGCUGGGGGAGGUGGCAUCAUCAAAAUAUGGGAUAUUGACGGAGGAUUGGCAUUGGGGUAGAUGAAUGAACAUUCAGGAGAUGUGUGGGCAUUAACUAAAAUUAAUGAAAGCAGUUUCGGUAGCGCAAGUGCAGAUCAAACAGUGAGAAUUUGGAAUUAUUAAAGAAUGAUAUGUGAAAGUGUGUUAGUUGGACAUUUGCAACCUGUUAAGGCUUUGGUGUAUUUAAAGGAUUUAGAAUAAUUAGCAUCAGGUAGUUUAGACAGCACAAUUAAAAUAUGGACAACUAAUAGGCCUAAGUUAAAACUCACAAUGUAAAAUAGUUCAAAAGUUAGAGCAUUAUGUUAUGUUUAAGCCAAGGGACUUAUCGUUAGUGGAGGUGAGAACAUUCUAAGUGUGUUCAACAUAUUAAAUGGCUAUUGCAGAGAUUAAUUAGAAGGACAUACCGGAGAAAUAUUAUGUUUGAAGUAUCUACAAGAAUCGCUGAUGGGAGAAUUUAUGUCAGUCAUUGCUUCGGGAGGAGCAGAUAGAAAAAUUAUUAUAUGGAAUCUGGAUAGAGCCAUUAAACUGCACGUUUUUGCCGGACAUUAAGAAGCAGUCACUUGUCUAGCAUUUGAUAUCGAAAAUAGAUAAUUAUGGUCUGGUGGAGCUGAUAGAACUAUUAGAUGUUGGGACAUUGCAACAGGAAAGACUAUCUUAACUGCAAAAAGACAUUCCGAAUAAAUUAGCGCACUGGAAUAUAUGCCUGAAAGAGAGCUAGUCAUUAGUGGAAGUUGGGAUCAUAGGAUAAGAGUUACACAAAGAUCCAUUUUAAUGAAUUGA